CAUUGCAAAGAGAGAGCUCUGAUGGGAAAAGCCAAAUCCUUCAAGAACGAGUUCUCCUAUGAACAACGAUUGGAGGAGUCGUUCGAAAUCUUGAUCAAGUAUCCGGAUCGAGUUCCCGUAAUUGUCGAGCGAUAUGAGAAAUGUGAAUUUCCUGAGAUGGAAAAGAAGAAGUACCUCAUUCCUCGAGACAUGUCUGUUGGCCAAUUCAUCCAUGUCCUGAGCACCAGGCUUCGUCUAGCACCUGGAAAAGCUCUCUUUGUAUUUGUAAAGAAUACUUUGCCUCAAACAGCUAGCUUAAUGAGUACCGUGUACGAAUCAUACAAGGACGACGAUGGCUUUCUGUAUAUGUGUUACAGCAGUGAAAAGACCUUUGGCUAAGGUAAUAAUCUGAUUGAGAUUUGUUAAUGCUGAAGUUGUUGUUUACUUUCUGCUGCUCCUCCUGUUGUGAGUAUUAUAUUCCAUGAACAAAGUUGUUCUUACCAUGUAGACAUUAUACAGUAUAAUGUGUAAAUCAUUUAAUAUUGUAACGGCCUAAGCUCACCGCUA